AUGCGAGGGUUGCAUCCAUCAAGUCCUGAUAGUAGUUCACAGUAUCAAGCUAUGUUAACUCCUACUCAAACAGCUCAAGAGUUUGAAUUAUUGGUAGAAGGUGUUGUACGUGGUCCUAGUCAUUCACAUGCAUUGUCAGCAAUACUUGGAGCCAAUACGCGUGAUUCAACAUCUCUGUCAACGUUAUUGGACUGGAGACCAUCGAGUCAAGUACAAUUACAUGCAAAUUCUUCGACUUCAGUACAAGUGACUGGGAAUAUCAAAAGUGAAUUUCUUUGGAUGGUUCCAUAUUGGAAACAAUGGCGACGUCGUUGGAAUAAAGUGGUUUUCUGGUCUAUAGCUUUGGUGAUCUUUACAGCGUCUUUUGUCCUCACAUUUGCGUUUCCAAAACAAGUGGCUACAUUUCUACCUUUGGUUUUGGGAUCAGGUCUGAGUCUUCUCUCAACAGUUAUAAUUUUUGGAUCAUUUCUAAAACGACGAAGAUUACAGAAACGACCCAAUGAUUGCUUGGCAUAUGUUGCGUUAAGCGACUUUGGAUUUGCGAUACUUACGUUGGUUCAUGUGAUGAUUAUGUGUAAUGCCACUAAUGGAGAGUGUCGGUCGUUAGUUAUGAUACCAUGUACCAUUUCUAUAAGUGUGGAUCUUUUUUUAUUAUUGACUGGAAUUGGGUGGUUUGGUGCCGCAAUUUUGCAUCUUUUUGUGUCAAUUUCGAACCCAUUUGCAAAUCACAAACGUCAAUUAAUAUUGUACCAUGUUGUGGUUUGGGGAGGCUCAGUACUUGCAAGUACCAUUUUACCAUUUAGUCUCUUUUCCGAGUAUACUCAAGAAAAGUAUCAACUUACAAACACUGAGUUAUGUCGAAUCGUGUCACUUGUCUUUCCACUUCUUCCUACGGAUGCAAUCAAGUCAAAAAGUAUGAAAAGACAUCGAAUAGCACAAUGGCAAGAUUUAAAUCUUGCAUUUUAUGGCAUUGUGGGUGGUACCGUGAUUUUGAUCAUUUUUGCCGCUCAAUUGGGUCUUUUUAUAAGUUGGUGGCGUUCAAAUAGUGGUACAAUCAUUGCACUGAAAGCUCGUCGUCGUCUUUUAAAACGUAUGACCAUUUAUGUUCAUGCUUUUACUAGUAUGUGGAUCGUUUUGAUUGCUAUCUUUUUCAUCUAUCGUACUAAUAUUCAAGCUCUUGAAGAGAUUCAAGUGAAUGAUUCAAAUGUACCAAAUGAUGCCAAAAUGAAUAUUUUGCGUCUGUGUUUUCACUUUCUUGUUACUGGUAAAGGAUUUGUCACUAGUAUCGUGUGGCUUAGUGUUAAUAAACCUUGUUGUGUGCUUGAGCUCGUGUCUUGUGGUUUACAUCAUUGUACCAAUAAUGAUGAAGAUGCAUCUCUUGAUCAUUCAGCAUCGCUUUCAGCAUCAUCUUCAGACUCAUAUACUCGAAAUUAUACUGAGACUACAUGUACCACAAGAGUCCCAUAUGAAAAUGGGCAUGUGGUACAAGAACCUAUAAUCUCACCAACAUUUUAUGAUACUGGUACACAUGAUGUUUUACAAUCACAAGACCAACCAUCAUUCCCAACAUUUGAUCAAAUUUCACGUUUAAGUCGUUUAUCAGCUUCAUAUGAAACUUCAACUAUUGAAUCGUAUGAAGCUUCACAAUCUCAUGAAAUCUUACAGCGAGAGAUUAUUUAUUAUACAGUCUGUGGAAUUACAAAAGCAAUUAUUCGUGCUGCCGAACGUGCAAAUGUUCGAUCAAGUGAAGUAAUAGAAACAAGAGCAACAUUAAAUGAUUGUGAGAAUGGAAUAGAAACAACUUUAUUUGUGGAUGAUCAAGACCAUCAUUCAGUUCUCUCGAAUGUUCAGAAUGUACCACCUCGAAGAUAUUGUGUACCUCGUGUACCACAUUCUAUAACACCUUCUCAUUCUCUUGAUGCUUUUGAUGAAGAAGUACAACGUAGCAGUCAUUUAUUACCACGACCAACAUCCUUUUCAUGUGUAUCAAGAAGAGAUUCUACAAGUUUUCGAUCUAGUCAAGAAACCUUCCAAUCGAAUCUAUUGGUAGAAACUCGUCCAUGUUUGAUUAAUAGCCAAUCAAGAAGUCGAAAUUCUCUUUAUCCCGUUUCUCAAGUUCCAUUUGAGCUUUUUGAACAAGAAAUUGAGCUGCAAAGUACUCGAUCAUCAAGUGAUGAACCAAUUGAAGAAACUUCCACACGUUCGGCAGUUUUUGCAGGUUUUCGACGUACUGCAACAUCAGCAUUUAAUCAACGACGUGGAGGUUAUCGAGGUCGAAGUAAAAGUUCUGGAUCGGAAAUUUUUCAAAGUUGGAUAUCUCGUGAAAUGAUUCCUGAUGAAAUUAAACCAAAAGUGUUUGUAGAUUAUGCUCCACGUGCAUUUCGUGCAAUUCGAUUGGCAUUUCAACUUUCCGAUGAAAAAUAUUUAGCAAGUUUUCGAACAACAGCAAAAGAACGUGUAAGUUCGGGAUCAAGUGGUGCAUUUAUGUUUUUUUCAGGAGAUAAAUCACUUUUAGUCAAAAGUUUAAAAGAAAAAGAAUGUCGAGCGUUGGUACAUAUGGCACCAGCUUAUGCACGAUAUUUGACUGGAAAUCCUCAUUCCCGACUUAUUCGAUUCUUUGGAUGUCAUCGAGUUCGUUUAUAUGGACGCAAUUUUUAUUUUGCUGUCAUGUCAAAUGUUCUUCAUAGUGAAGGUCAUACAUCUAUGAUAUUAGAAAAAUAUGAUGUGAAAGGAUCGUGGGUGAAUCGACAAGCACGUCGACCACAAAGUGGAGAUCGAGUGACAUGUGCAGAAUGCGAUGCAUCAUAUAUUUUUGAUAAUGGUGAUGAGAUUUCGUCUGUAAUCGACAAUCAAGAUGGUUGUAAUUCAAUUGAAACAUCAACAUUUCCUUUUCAUAUUCAUCGACCAGAUAUUGUUUUCAAAGAUUUGGAUUUAAAACGUACAUUGCAAUUACCUCGACACAUUGCCAUGCAUUUACAUACCCAAUUGAGAUCUGAUUGUGAAUUUUUACGAGAUCGUGGAAUUAUGGAUUAUUCGUUAUUAAUUGGAAUUCAUAAAUGUCAUUCUCGAUCUCAAAGUUUGAAUGAAAGAAAUGAUUCAAUAGAAAUUGAAGCAUCAAUUCAUCAUUGCGAAGAUAUUAAUUCUGGAAUGAAUCUAGCACCACUUGGAGAGAAAGAAAUAUAUUUUAUUGGAAUUAUUGAUAUUCUUCAAGAAUGGGAUUGGGAGAAACAAUUUGAAAAAGCUGGUAAAGUUUUACUUGGUAAAUGUGCUCGAGGGAUUUCAGCAAUUGCACCAACAGCAUAUUGUCGACGAUUUCAAGCUCGAUGUACUCAAAUUUUACUUGGUGGACCAGCUCCGGAAACUUUAGAUCCAAAUUGGGAUGAAAUGGAUUUGAAUGGGCGUGAAAAGUCCCGUCUUAAUUCAAAGAAUGUCAAGGAAAUGGCCGUUUUGACGUGA